CCUCUUUAAAUGAGUUAAUGAAAAUUAAAAAAUUAUUAUGAAUAAAUUGACAAAAAUAUUGAAAUAAAGACACUGAAAUUUUCAUAUAUUUUUAUAAUUACCAUAAAAAGGACGAAAAUAUCAACAGGCGACCAUGAAUUAUCUUAUUCAGCGUGGAAAGGUCCGCAACCAGAUGAUUAACGUGCCUCAGGGACUGCCGGAACUAUUGUCGGAUAUCACGCGUGAGGUUCUGCGCUGUCAGCCAACGUCAGAGUGUCUCUGCCAAUUCAUUAUCGAUUAUCUGCAUUCGCUGAUCAUAACACGUGAAAAGGCCAGAGUGGCCAAGGGCAUAAUUGAUCGCGCUUUGGCUGUGGUUGACGAGAUUAUUGCGGAUAUGUGUGUGUGCGAUAUCAGCGAGGAAAAGGCGCACGAGAUGGCUUUGCACAUGGAAGAAUGUUUCCGGCGCUUCCUGAGUCGCAUGCGUUGUGAGCAGCGCAAAGAGAUAGAAAUUGUGCGUUUCGAAGAGCAAGACAUGCUGGAUGCCAUGGUUGAGCGUUGCAAGUUCACUGAACAAGAAUUAAAAAUCUCAAAACCAAUGAUUGAGGCUGCGUAUCGUCGUUUUGUGGAUGCAUACAUGAAGGCGCAUGAGGACAUUGAAGGAACGGAGGAACUUUAUCAAUAUUUCAAGGAACGCGAGCGUAUGCGGCUCGAAGAAGAGAAGGAAAAAAUGGCUGCUACAAAAAUACAGGCUAACUACCGUGGUUAUAGAGUACGAAAAAAUUUCGGAAAGCCGGCACCGCAGGAGGUCUCUGCAGAGAGGCUGUUGGACGAACAGUACUUACUACUACAAAAUCAGGCUGCAAUUACGAUUCAAAAAGCUUUCCGGCGAUAUUUGUCCUCGCUGCAAUCGGAAAAAUCAAUGGAGAAGGGUGGCGAAAUAUGCGAGCCAGGUUCCAAAAUUAAAGUUGCGGUUCCCGGUGCCCCCGACGAUAUUACCACAGAGCCGCUUGAGCUAGCUGAAGAAGAUGUACCUUUGGAGGCUGCACAACAAACCGAGGCAGCUGUGGUGUUAGAGUCACAAGUACCACCAACCGAACCAGAGCCUAAAACGGAACCAGAGACAGAAGCUGAAGCAGGACCUGAGCCUGAACCUUCUCAAGAAUCACAAGUCGCAGCUGCACCUACUACAGAAGUUGAAGUAGAACCAUUGCCUCUCGAGCCUGGACUACCUGAGCCAGCCCGCAAUGCUAGUGCAGUCGCUGUUGAAGAUCCCGCGGCUGAAGGAGUGUCUGAUGCUGCUACAGAAGAAGCUCCCGCAGAAGGGUAAAAUCUCAAUAUUUAGGUAUUAAUUUUUACUGCAAAAAAUAUACUCAAGAUUUAGGUGAAAAAA